ACAAGCACCACAGUUAGGCUCAGUCAAACUAUUGAAGCAUUAAAAAAAAAGUAAUAAUACUAAUAAUAAUUUAGUAUAUAAUUAUAAUUUUUAAGUUGAUUAAUAGAUAAAAAAAAAAAAAUCAAUCAAUUAAAAUCAUUGAUGUAAAGAUGGCAAGAGUGCCAAUGAGAACAUCAAUGAGAAGUCGUGAAUCAUUAAGUACAUCAGCUGGUGUUGAUCCAAGAGAAAGAAUUGAAGAUUGUUGUCGUAAAUUAGUUGCAUUUAUGUGUACACAAGUUGGUGUUGGUGGUCUUGUUGUUGGUUAUGCUAUUGUUGGUGCAUUUGGUUUUAUAAGUAUUGAAACACAAGAAGAAUAUCCACAUGUAUUAAAAAUGUUAAAAUUACGUAGAAAUUAUGCUGGUAAAUUAUGGAAUAAUACUGUUGCUGAUCAACGUAUUAAUGUAUUUAAUAAAUUAGCAUUUGAAAAAAAUACUGAUAUUAUAUUAGAAGAAUUUCAAAAUAAAGUUGUUGAUGCUGUUAAAGCUGGUUAUAAUGGUAAAACAGUACAAGAAGUAUGGUCAUUACCAGCAGCACUUAUGUAUUGUUUAUCAGUAUUUACAAUGAUUGGAUAUGGUAAUAUGGUACCAAGAACACCAUGGGGUAAAGGUGCAACAGUUGUCUAUGCUAUUUUUGGUAUACCACUUUAUGUACUUUAUUUUUUAAAUAUGGGAAAAGUACUUGCUGGAACAUUUAGAUGGCUGUAUCGUUGGUUUCAUGAAUGUACUGGUAGAAAAAGACCAGGAAGAAGAAUAAUUGUACCAUCAACAGCUUGUCUUUGGGUAAUUUCUGGUUAUAUACUUGCUGGUACAAUAACAUUUGCACAAUGGGAAGGAUGGGGUUAUCUUGAUUCAGCAUAUUUUUGUGUAACUUCAUUGUGUAAAAUUGGAAUGGGUGAUUUUGUACCAGGUGCUAAUAUUGUAGAAGCUAAAAGUGGUAGUCAUAUGAAACUUAUUAUAAAUUUUGUUUAUUUAUUAUUUGGUCUUGGAUUAGUGGCAAUGUGUUAUAAUCUCAUGAGAGAAGAUGUACGUGUUAAAGCUAAAGAAUUUCGUGAAGAUUGUAUUGAUGCAUUUGAAGAUUUUCGACAAAGAAUGGUUAAUUGUUGUCGAUCAAAUCCAGAUUAAUACUUUUUUUUUUUAAAACUAAUCUAACAUUUAAUUUUUAUGAAUUAAUUAAAAAGAAAAAAAUGUAUUACAUUAUAUAUAUUUAAAUAUUAUCUCAGAUAAUUUUUAAGAUAAAUAUAAUAAUUAUUAUUAUUAUUACCAGUUGGUAAUGUAGAAUUUAGUUAUGACCAUGAGACAGCUGUUUUCAAUUCGUAAAUUAUUAUUAAAAAAUAUUAAAUUUCCAUGCCCAUCUAGAGGUAUGUGGUGUGGACAACAAAAUAAAAAAAUGAAUUUACAAGAAACAAUUGAAACACUGACACAAGAAUGUAUUAAAUUUCGUAAAACAUUAAAUUCAAUAAGUGAAGAAAAAGAAAAAGAAAAAAUUGUACUUAAGCAUAUUAAAAAGUGGGCAGACAGUGAUAAUUGUGUCAACAAUUUUCAAAAAGGUUAAUAAAUAAAUUUCAAUUUUUACUUAAUCUUAUAAUUAUCAUAAUUAUUGUGUUAUUAUAAAUUUACUACUACCUAAAUACAAAUUUAUAAACAAAUCACGUGAUCAUUAUGUCAAACACAUCAUCAACAACAUCAACAACAACAACAACACCAAACAUUCAAGAGCCAAUGAACACUGAACAUGUAAGCUUGACUGUCAAUACACCAAAAAUAAAACAAACUCCAGACAUGAAGAGAUCGUUGAAUGCUCCAUUGACUGAGGAUGAAAAAAUAGAAGCCAAUAAACUACGAGAAUAUGAAAAAGAGCUAGAUGAUGAAUUGGCUAAACUUAAAAAUGAAUUAAAUGAUGGAUCCUCAAUGGUGGACACAAUGAAUGCUCUUCAUGAAUACAAUGACAUCAAGGAUGCAGCACAAGUUGUUCUAGGUGCAAUUGCAACAAUGCAUGGUGUUACAAUUGCCAGUUUACAAAAAGAUUUUGAUGUACCAUGUGACUCAUAAUAAUUCAUUGUAUUACUCAUCAAUUAUUUGUAUUUAAAAAUAAUGAUAAUAUAUUUUGUUAAUAUUAAUAAAAAAAAAAAAAAAAUUGUCUUAAACAACGUAA